AUGCAAGCAUCCAACAAACUCAAGUCCACCUUUGUGGAGGGGAAGCAGACGUUUGGCGCGUGGCAGAUGCUCCCUGGGGCCAAUGUCUCCCGGCUCUUGGCGCGUUCCGGCGUGGACUGGGUGUUGAUCGACUGCGAGCACGGCAACAUUGACGGGGCCUUGGACAGCGGUGCUCAUGGUAUCAUUGUGCCCUUGGUGCGCACAGUGGAAGAGGCUAAGCAGCUGGUGCUGGACGCCAAGUUCCCUCCCCUGGGGCGGCGAGGCUUUGGCUCGCUCAUCGCGCUUGAGAGAUUCAACCCCAACCCCACUCUAACCGAGUAUCUUCACCAAGCCAAUGACGCCCUCGUGACGAUCAUUCAGAUCGAGACCCGCGAGGCAUUUGAGUCAGUCGAGGAGAUUGCGGCUGUGGAUGGAAUCGACGCGCUCUUUAUUGGUCCGUUCGAUCUCGGAAACAACAUCGGUUAUCCUAUUCAGAAAGGUAUAAUGGGGCCGGAACUAAAGGAGGCCCUUGCUCGCAUCCUAGCAGCAACGCGAAGGGCUAGCAAGAAGUGCGGAAUCUACUGCAAAGACGCGCAGCAGGCUAGGGAGUUUGCUGCUCAAGGCUAUGACAUGCUCGUAGCUGCUACUGAUUACACCACUCUCCAAACUGCUGUUAAUGGAGAGGUGACUUCAGCAAAGGGUGAGCAAGCUGGCAAGGGAACCUGGUGA